AUGCCCCCUGAAGGUGCCCCCAGUGGCCCCAGGGCUGCAGAGCUGGAGCGGAGUGAUUCUGCGCUUGGGAACCGCAAGAGGAAUCGAGACGAUGAGAUUACAGGGCCUGCUGUCAGGCGUGGGAAGAAAGGGUCCAAAUUCUUCAACCUGGAUGGGUCACCACUGGAUAUUUGGAAACCGCUGGAUGGCCAGGAUCCAACACCUUGGUUCGACCGGUCCGGCGCAGCUUUCCAUAUAGGUACCAUGCUACACAAGGAGAUAUUGGACUUCUACCACUGGGUAAAACCUACAGAGUACGAAGACAUUGUCAGACGAGAUCUUAUAUCCAGACUUCAGGCAUGCUUUGGGCAAAGGUUCUAUGGUGCAAAACUAUACGCCUUUGGAUCAUUUGCAUCAGGUCUCUAUCUCCCUACAGCAGAUAUGGAUCUUGUUCUUCUCUCUCGCCAGUUCAUGUCCUCAAAUAGAAAGUACAUCUGUCAGAAAGUUCGGGAAAUAUACAGCUUUGCUGAAUAUAUCCGCGGACAGGGAAUUGCCGUGCCAAGAUCAAUUGAAACAAUUGCCCAUGCGCGUGUACCCAUCAUCAAGUUCGUGGAUGCUCUCACUGGUCUGAAAGUAGAUCUCUCCUUCGAUAAUAGCAGUGGCCUGACAGCCAUUGAUACAUUUAAAGCUUGGAAGCAAGAAUAUCCCGCUAUGCCCGUCAUAGCUUCUAUCAUCAAACAUUUCCUUUUGAUUCGAGGCCUCAACGACGUGGCCACUGGUGGGUUGGGUGGUUUCUCAAUCAUAUGUUUGGUCACAAGCAUACUACAGCAUUCACCCCGUGGAGUUGGAGAGUCAAACCUGGGCUCUGUUCUCAUUGACUUCUUUGAAAUGUAUGGCUCUAGGUUCGAUCCUGCCGCCGUGGGCAUACAGUUUGAUCCCCCAGGUUAUUUCAACAAGGUACACCACCCCCAUCUUUUCUCCCCCUAA